AACCAUUUGGGAAAAGGAAAGUUUCUGAGUUAGCAACAGGUAAAUACAGAUAAAGUGGGUGGGAUUGAGGUGUGUGCUCUGGAGCAUAAAUAGAGGCCCAGGCUGCACUGGCACAGUCUGAAGCUUGGACCGCUUCCUGGCCGGCUCACAAAAGGUAGGUGGGUGGGGAAAUCCAGAGUUGCCAUGGAGAAGAUAUCAGUGUCGGCGUUCUUGCUCCUUGUGGCUCUCUCUUAUACUCUGGCCAAGGAUACCACAGUCAAACCUGGAGCUAAAAAGGACACAAAAGACUCCCAACCCAAACUGCCUCAGACCCUCUCCAGAGGUUGGGGUGAUCAGCUCAUCUGGACGCAGACAUACGAAGAAGCUUUAUACAAAUCCAAAACAAGCAACAAACCCUUGAUGAUUAUUCAUCACUUGGAUGAAUGCCCACACAGUCAAGCUUUAAAGAAAGUGUUUGCGGAAAAUAAAGAUAUCCAGAAAUUGGCAGAGCAGUUUGUCCUCCUCAACCUAGUGUAUGAAACAACUGACAAGCACCUCUCCCCUGAUGGCCAAUAUGUACCCAGGAUCAUGUUUGUGGAUCCAUCCCUGACAGUUAGAGCUGACAUCACUGGGAGAUACUCAAAUCGUCUCUAUGCUUAUGAGCCUUCAGAUGCAGCACUAUUGCUUGACAACAUGAAGAAAGCUCUCAAGUUGCUGAAGACUGAAUUGUAA